ACAAGAUGGGCGGGAGUGUACGACGGUGUCCUGGUAAGUCAUGCAGUACGACAAGAGGGGCGGGAGUCGCCGACGACGGUGUCGUCGCCACCAGCUGGGUGAGAAGUGAACAUCGAUGGUAAACAAGGCGUUGAGGGCAACCUGAAGCAAACUGCAAGUGUCACUAAGACGAGGACUGUCGCUCGCAAGGCUUGUGGUGUCGGCAUUAUGCCAUAAGAGAGACCUUCAGAUAAUGUGUUUGUAAUCUGACAUCUGGAAAUACUAAAGAUGGAGAGCUCGCUUGUGAUCCGUGAACCGCUAACUAUGUCGGUUACACUGCUCUACUUGGCACUCUUCUUCUACAUCUAUGUUCAGCUCAUCCUUGUGCUUGUAUAUGGUCACAAACGAUGGUGCUAUCGAACGUUUCUCUUGUACACAUGUGCGAUGUGGGCUGGGAUACGUGUGACACUCUUCUCCUACUAUUGUUACAUGGAGCAUGACAACAUUCAUGAGACCAUUCCUGAGCUGUCCCGUCACGUGGGAACUGCAGCGUACUUCAUCCUCUUUUCUCUGCCUGUGUACUUGCAAUUCUGUGUCCUCUGCCUUCUGGUUUCUUAUUUUUCACAGAUUGUGGAAAGUAUUGAGGAGCGGUACCAACCAACAAGGUGGAGAACAAUAUCUGGGCACACAGUAGGGGUUGCAGUGGCAAAUCUGGUUGUGUUCGUGACCAACCUGACAUGUGCUAUUCUUAUCAAAGAAGCUGAGCAUCAGAUACCUGCCCCAUCAGAUGCUGGUCUUCCUAGUCCCAAGCUGCUCCUUGCCAAACUACCAGGGGUUGUGCCAUAUGUAAUUUACAUUCGAGUUAUUAUCAAUGGUCUGAUGUUCAUUGCAAUGGCCGCUGCCUUGGCAUACUUGAUUGUACAGGUGGCAAAAACUGCUGAGGUUCGACUUCUUCUAGAAACUGAGGAUAUGACUCAAACCGGGGCACGCAGUGUGGGCAUACUGGUUGUGACGCUCUACUUGUGUCGAACUGUCGCCAACAUCCUGGCCCUUGUGCCCAAUAUUGACUGGGUGUAUGACACUGACCAGGUUGAUCUUUUGAGUGACAGUGAAUAUGGCUACUACACGUUCAUCGUUGUGCAGUUACUGUGGGAGUACCUGCCCACUCUCAUCUCUGUUAUCUUCUUCAGAGUCAAGAAGCCAGUGCUUCUGUCAUACCCACCAAUUCUGGAGCCAAUGGCUCGGACUGGGAGCAGAGUAAGUGAGAGUGAGGAGGAUGGGUCAUUCAGCCACUUGUAUGCUCACCAGUAUCUCCACCCACAUAUAUCAUUUCAGCAGGCCUCAGACACAUGGUUCAGUAAUGUUGACAAUAAUCUUGGAGACUUGCAAAACCUCCCCUCUCAUAGCGUACCACACCAAAUCCAACCCUACUCUCCAGCCCACCGCUUCCUCUACCACUACAUGGGCUAUCAAGCUUAUCCGGAGGCUUAGAAGUGUGUUGAGAAUUUUCAGGGAUGUUCUUCAAGAGUUUAGUUGGUUUGGUAUUAAAUGCAAACUAGUCACUAGGGAAAGGUGCUGAUGUAGAAAUAAGAUUUGAAGGCUAUUUAAUGAGUCAUUCCAUACUUAUUAGGGAGAGACUGAUGAUACCAAACAAGAAUUGGUUGGAGAACCUUUAAGUAGAAUUAGUGUGUCACAUCUUAGGAAUUUAAUAAAGGUUACGGAAGGGAUAGAAUAUUUCAGAUCAUUGACGGUAUGAUGCAAAGAAUAUUGAUAAUGAUCAAAAUACAAUCUAUACAAGUAUCAUGGUAGACAAACUAAAUACAGUACUUAAUGUAGAUCACCUGCAAUAUUUUGUGCAUUAGCACAAGGUGAGCCAUACAAUAAAGGCAAGGCGAGCCAUACAAUAAAGGAAAGGUGAGCCAUACAAUAAAGGCAAGGUGAGCCAUACAAUAAAGGCAAGGUGAGCCAUACAAUAAAGGAAAGGUGAGCCAUACAAUAAAGGCAAGGUGAGCCAUACAAUAAAGGCAAGGCGAGCCAUACAAUAAAGGCAAGGCGAGCCAUACAAUAAAGGCAAGGCGAGCCAUACAAUAAAGGCAAGGUGAGUCAUACAAUAAAGGCAAGGUGAGUCAUACAAUAUAUUUAGUUUUAGAUGUAAUAAAAACUGCAUUAUAAGAUGAUAGCAUAAAGAUGUGACAUACUGUACAUGUUCAAUGUAUUGACGAUACUUUACUGUACAUGAGCUUUAGAUGUAAUUUAUUCCUGUACCCCAAAGAAUGUGAUGCAGAGUUACUAAUUCAUUCUGUUUGAUGAGAUAGAAUGUUUGUUAUAUUUUAAAUUAGGAUUGACGUACUUUUACCACUUUGGGAUGUAGCAUAGAGCAUAAAAUUUCCUUUGUGCAAAGCAUGUGAUAGAAGAAUGCACAAAAGUAUUUUGUUGCAAAUGGGUCAUAAUUUAAGACAGUACGAUUACUGAUAUAUUUUAUGUAUAUUGCUAGCCUUCUCUUCUGGUGGGUGUUACUCCAGCCUGUUCUCAUGAUUUGAUAUUUUAUAUUAUAAAAAUUACAUUUGCUUUGUCUAAGCAGAAACAUUUUAACCUAAGCAUGCUACCUAACUUGUCAAGGCUAAUACUCACAAAACUGCAGUGUUAUGGUAUUUAUUUCAUAUUGCAGCUACUUUUGUAUUUUUACAUUGAAAUUAUACUAUUACCAAGAGCAAAACUUACUGGUGAGAAGUUAGCUUUUCUGGAAAGUCCCUCCUCAGUAUCUCCUAAGUAUUUGAGCACUGGUACUGCUAAGCCUUAGGAUCAUGCCAGGCCUUUGAAACCCAUGCUGAUCUACCCGGAGUGGGGAGCAGUAUCUGGUUCUCUCAAAGGGGCAGGUCACAAGAAAAAGUAGGGAAGGCAUUUGCAGCAACUGGAUUCAACAUAGAGUUUGGAUCACCAUCCGAAGAGUCCAAAUAUGGUUGUUUUACACAUAUUUCAAAAGGUGCACAGACUGUUCCCAGACUGCUCCCUCAUAAAAGAGUUAGCAGGACCCAUGAAAGUAGCCUUGCCAAAAUCUGCUGGUACCAGGCAAUCACUGAGCCCACUUCCCAGGAGGUGGAUGAGGAAGGGGGAUUACAUACAUGAACAACCUAGGAAACAGAACCCUUAUAUCUCCCUGGAGAAUGAGGAACCUAGGGCUAGCUGCUCACUUAGUUACACUUGUGGGGACAGGGUGAGCGAAGGGAGUGCACAAUAGCCCUUUGCUCCCUCCUCUCAAUCCAUAAUCGACUAAUGUAUGUGUUCUAGAGCAUAUCGGGCUGUCAAUAUCACAAUUUAAAGCUGUGAAUGGUGUUGACCUUUACCAUUUCACUUUGUAGCACAUUAGAUUUGUUCACUAUCCUGACGGUGAAAAAAAUCUUUCUAAUGUGCUACUCAUGUGUAAUACAGUAGUGUCCUUAUCUGCCAUAUUCCCCUGAGUACUGUACUUUGAAUAUAGUGAUCAUGUCUCCCCUGUUUCUUCUCCUCUGUUCUUGCUACACGAGUCUUAACUAUUUCAGUCUUCAUAUACCUCUCAGCUCUGGGACUAAUCCGAUGCAUACCUCUGAACUUUCUUCAGCAUUGUUUCAUGUUUAAUGAGAUAAGGACUCCACUCUGGUGCUAUAUAUUCCAGAAUUGGUCUGACAUAAAUGAUAAACAAGGUUCUGAAAGACUCUUUUUGUUCAUAUUCCUAAAGGCAGUUCUUAUGUUGGCCAACCUUCCAGAUGCAGUACAGCUGAUAAUAUUUGAUGUGGGUGUCUGGCGACAGGAUUAGUGUAAUAUCAACCUCCAAGUUGUUUUCUCUGUCUGAGUUUAGGAGCAUAAUUCCUCCCAAGUGGUACCUCAUGUUGUCAUCUAGUUCCUAACACUCGGCUUCAUUACUUUGCACAUGCUUGAAUUUAGGUCUAGUAGCUACUUGAGGGGACCAUUUUUUUUUCUUCCCCAAAUCAUCCUGUAGUUUCUUGCAGUCUACCAUUGUCUUUAUUCCUCUCAUAAUUUGUGCAUCUUCAACAAACAUUAAGAAGAAGAAAUUUGAUCACUGGUAGGUGAUCACUUAAUGUUAGGUUGUUAACAUAGAUAAGAAAUAGAAUUGACCCCAGUACUGACCCCUAUGGGAUGCCACUGGUAACAUCCCACCACUCUGAGGUCUCUUCUUCUCUCAUUGUCCUUCUGUUGCAGAGGUACAUCUUUAUCCAUUGGAGUGUUUUCUCCAUCACUCCUACCUUAUCUCAAUUUUGUGAGAAUUAACAUGCACCAAUGUUCUACUACCCUCUUUCUAAUUAUUUUUCCAUCAUCUUGCAUGAUAUGCUAGUAGUUUAAUGCCUGCAGUAUGUUUCCAUUUUUUAUAUUGGUGCAACAUUAGCUGUCUUUCAGCUCUCUGGUAGUUCUCCUUUUUCCAGUGACUUGUUAGAUCUCAAAAUAAGCAGCCAGGACAAGGUUUCUGCUGCUCUUAGUAACCAUGGUUACAUCUAAUAUGAUCCCCACCGCCUUAGUUGUCCAGCUCCAGCAAAUACCUUCUUUCUUCAUUUCUGGUUAUCUCAAAGUCCUGUAGUGCUGUUUGGUAUGAUUCCACCCAUGUCAGUUUGGUAACUUCUUGCUAUAUUUUGAAGACAAUCAAUCUAUCGAGUUCCAAACAUGUGUUUCUUUUAUGCUUGUGGGGUUUGCUUUAACUAAUACACAGUGGAGUGCCUGGAAGGCUGUGUGCGCUAGCCCAUCCUGAUUAGGUAGUACUGUACUUACAGUAAUGAUGAGGACCAUCGUACAUAUAUAUUGACAUGAAAGGACACUAGAAAGUUGAAAUCAGUUCUACUGAAUUUUGACAAACCAGAAAAGUUUUUGUACUGAUGUUGCAAAGAAAACUUAACCUAACCUUCCUUGGCCCAAUACACACUGAGGCCUAAUAUAGUACAUGUAUGUUACACUAGGCCUUAGAAUAUUAAGCUUGGUUUUAUCUUUAUUUUUCAAGACCAUAAAGUGAAUAGCACUAAAUUCUACUAUCUGUCUAUUAUGUCUAUGUGUGUACAAUUGUCCACAUAGUUACAAAAAGUACUGUAGUAUCAAGACAGGAGGAUGGGUUGGUAUGUGCAGAGUUCAGAACCUACAGCACAUCCUCCUUAGGAAAAAAUGCAGAAAAGGAAAUGGACAGCAGCAGUGAAUUAGGUAAGUGGAUUCCAGUGUGUUGUCCUCAACCUGGAGAGCAGACUGUCCAGGUUGAGGACAGUCUGCUCUCAGACAAGGCUAUCUUGAGGUUACCUUGAGGUGCUUCCGGGGCUCUGUUGAAAAAUCAGAGAACAAUGCUGCAAACACCACAACCCCCAGAGAAGUAAGCUCCGAACAGUAGCGAAGAGCUCCUGGGAAGCGAUGCUCUGAACCAUAUCAGCCAAUUAUGAGUCAGACUUAAAGUUUACAGCAAGCAAAGUAAAGGACAAGAGAAGAAAUCUGGACAUGGGGUUGUUUAACUCCACACCUCACAAGGCAGGACAGGAGUACAUAACAGGAAUGUUAACAAAUGACACCUUCUUUUUGUUCACUACUGAAGUCUGGCAAAAGGACUGGGUUGUCCACAAGCCAUGACAAGGCAGAGACAUCAUAUGUACCCAGGAUAUGGUGGGCCUAAACUCGGACACAGAUCUUGUUCAGACACAGUCCCUGAACUGGACCCAAAGUGAACCCAAGGAGGCAUCAUACUUCAACCAAAAAUGGGAAUAAAGCAGCUUCCCAACACAAAGGUGGGCCUCAUACACUGACAAAAAAGUCCCCAAGAACAGCAGGGCUAAGUAUAGCACAGCACACUACUUGCCUGAAGACCUGUCUCUGCACAGGUGGCAAGUGAAUAGAGUGGAAAUUAGACAUUGAGGGCUGCCAUCAUCUUCCCUACUGUGAUGUUCGGUGCAGACAUACAGUGGCGGGCGGGUAGUCUUGUUAUGGCGUGGUAAUUAAUAGAGCAAUAAUUGAUGUCCUGGCUAAACCACAUGGGUUUUGGCUAUGGAAAUGACUAAGGGGUGUUAUCUCAGAAAAAAUCAAAAUUAAAAUUAACAAUAAGGAGAAAUUUGUCUUUAUAUUGUUGAAAAUUUAAAUUUAAAAUUUUUCUGAUGAAAGACCCCUCAGUUGCUCCUGCAGCCAUUGGCCAUUGGUAUAGUUCAUCCACGACACCAAUUAUUGGGCUACAAAUCACACCAUAACAAGAAAAUUCUAGCAUGUGAUUAUUGGUUGAAAAGUACUGUAACUAGUAUUGUAGCCCCGCCCCCCCCACACCUUUGUUUGAACCCUGCAUUUAUGUAAGAGGACUAUACUAGUACUUUUAGAAUGUAUUGUUUAUAACUGCUUUAUACGGGGUCUUAUUCCUAGUUGAUGAUACACAAGUUUGUAUGUGUCACUUGUUUCCAAAGUUCCCUCAUUACUUACAUUUGUAUUAUAGAUCUAAGGUGAGUUGAUUUUAGAUAAAUCAUGGUUUAAUAUGUUUUUGCAUAAAAGGAAAUAUGACUACUGUAUUUAAAUAUAGCAAGUAAAUAAUUGUUGAAGA